GCGGGUCAGAUCGUGAAAGACUGAUUAACCAAGCAACUACGUGGCGAUAAUCACAUUCAUCACAUAUUAUCAUUAUCUUUUACAAAACAAUUCUAGAAGAAGGGAAAUAAAAAAAAGAGUAUCAAAUAUCGUAAUACGUCACAUGAUCACGAUGUUAAGUUUUUGGAGCAACCGAAUUCUAUUUUCUGUUCAGAAGAAGUUGGGAGGAUCUGCAAGGACAGUAUCAACGAGUACGAUAAUGGCUUCUCAGGAAAAAUAUGUUGAAACAAAAGAAAUUGAUGGGGUAAGAACGAUAAUAUUGAACCAUGAGAAGUCACGGAACGCUCUAUCAUUAGAAAUGAUAAAAAUUUUGUUAUACAAUAUCUCCAGAAAUUUGGACAAUCAUGAACUUCGUUCUAUUGUCAUUAGAGCAGCGCCUGGAAAAGUAUUUUCUGCAGGGCACAAUUUAAAAGAACUGACGACUAAGAACGGUAGCAGCCAUCACCAAUCAGUUUUCGAAACUUGCGAGCUUGUAAUGAGGGCAAUUAUGCAAUGUCCGGUGCCUGUGAUUGCUGCAGUUGAUGGCUUGGCGGCUGCAGCUGGAUGUCAAUUGGUGGCAGCAUGUGAUAUUGCAGUUUGCACCGAGAAAAGUACUUUUUCAACCCCUGGAGCAAAUUUUGGAAUAUUUUGUUCCACUCCAGGUAUUCCUUUGGUUCGAAAUGUUUCUAGAAAAGUCGCAUCCCACAUGUUAUUCACGGGUUUACCAAUUACGGCAAAGGAAGCUUAUGAGGCGGGACUUGUCAGCAAAGUUGUCCCUAAUGAUAAGCUUGAGGAAGAAAUUCAGAAUAUUACAAAUGCCAUCAAUUCUAAAAGUCGAUCUGUUGUCCAACUCGGCAAAAGAUUUUUGUACGAGCAAAUAGACCUCGAUAUAGAGACAGCUUAUUCUCUUGGAACGGAAAUAAUGGUUGGAAAUUUAAAACUAAAAGACGCACAAGAAGGAAUUCGAGGCUUUGUUGAAAAACGCAAGCCAGUGUGGUCCCACGACUAUAAAAAAGAAGAAAACUAAUGUAAAAAAAAGAAAAUAUAUUUUCUAAACAAUUAGAAUAAGAACGGUUUAUAAUGGAAAUAUUCGAAAGAAAUGCAAAAUACAGCAUUAGUACUCCAUAUGUUGAUUAUUAUAUAAUAAUCAUUAU